UAAUUGUUCAAAAAAAGAAAAUAAUAAACUUAAUGGUGCAUGAGUUUUUAAAAUAUCUCAAAAAUGGAAGAAGAAAAAGCAUUGGUAGAUCGAGUUUUAAUAGAAUUAAGUCAAAUUAUAGAAUCAGAACCGAAUUUAAAUGAAUUUGCAAUAAUUCCCGUUAUGAAUAAUGAAAAGAAUACAUCACCACUUGUUUACGAAAACAACAGUAUUGGGUUGGAAAUGUGGGCAGUUAAGUAUAUUAUUAUACAUACAAAAGUCUACUUGAUGAAGAUGAGAAAUUUGAUAAAGAAAAAUUUAUCAGAUUCUGAAGUACAAAAGGUAAAGAGGUCGUUGUUGGGUGCAGUUUUGGUUCAACCUGAGGUAACGACGUAUUGGAAUAUGCGAAAAGAACUUUUAGAAAGGGGAUAUUUAUCGGCAAAUUCUGAGUUAUAUUUUACAAAGUUAGUUUUAUCAUAUAAAAAUAAAUGUAAUGAGGCUUUUACUCAAAGAAGAUGGAUUUUUAAAAAAGCAAUGGAAGAUAAUACUCUUUUAGUGGCAAACGCAUUUUUGAAUUAUGAACACUCUCAUUUGUUAUUGAAUAAUGAAUUAAAAGUAGCUGAAAUGACUUCUUUAACUACCAAAAAUAAUUAUCAUGCUUGGGCACAUAGAAUUUGGAGUUUACAAAACAUAAAAGGUCUCUCUAAACAAAGUUUUAGUGUUAUAUUAGCAUCUCAGUAUGAAUCAUCAUACGAUUGGCUGUUUGGUAAUGUUUCCGAACAUUCUGCUUUUCAAUAUAGACAAAAGUUAAUGACCUUUUUGAUUAAAAAUCGCGAAAAAAUGAAUAAUUUUUUUGUUACAUAUGAACAAUUUACUGUUGAUCAUCUUAAAUUAAAUAACGAUUUAAACUCUUUAUUCAUUAAUAAUAAAAAAAAUAACUUUGAAGAUUUCAAAUGUUUAUUCAGCUUAUUAAUUUAUGAAUUAUUCCAUACGGUUAAAGAGCUGAAUAAAUCUUAUCCGGGCCAUGAAUCGAUUUGGUAUCACAGACGAUUCAUUAUAAAAACUUUAUUUGAUGAAAUAUUUAAUUUUAAAAGUAAAAAUCGUUUACGAAUUAAUGAUACGAAUCUGAGCAAAUCGGAAUGUUUGAUAUCGAGGGAUUUGAAUGAACUAUUAUGUAUGGAUAAUAUUAUAAUCAAUUUUAAACUGUUUAAACCUGAAUUUAGGGAUGCCGAAAGUAUAAUGUGCUUUAAUAAAAUCGUUAAAGACGAAACUGAGUUGAUAAAAACCUCACAAUCACUUAAAUACGAUCCAGUACAAAGGUAUUUAGCUGAUAAAUAUGAGAAAUGGUUAAUGUGUGUAUUACAAGUGGAUCUUUUGGAAGAAUAAAAAUUAUUUAUGGUAUU